CGGUAAUGCACCCCAAUGUGGUGGUAUAACCACUAAAUGAAUCUGUGAAGAAGAAGUGGCGCAAAUUUCGAAAGUUUUCUGUCAGUGUUUUUUUUUGUGUCCGAAUGAAAGCAGGGUAAGAAUGGCUACAUCAUCAGCAUGUUUCUUCGGAAAGCUCCGAAAUCUAGCAGUGUUCCUGGAGACCGAAACGGCGAAACUUCAACAGGCGCACCAGAAUACUGCCGAUGACAGCAGCACUGAAGGGGCAGUAAGAGUUUUACAUGAGUUGAAGACAGAAGUCAGAGACCUGCGGAGGGAGGUCCAGGGUGGGCUGGCACGGUUCGAAGUGGAGGGAAAGGAGAUGAGAAAACGAAUGCAGAUGUUUCUGGUGCUCAAGCAGAGGACCACAGAGGAUAUCCAGAGGCUGAAGAAACACUAUGAGAAAUAUGGUUACAAGGCACCCACACCCACUCAGAAACACUCAGAACUGAAAAGCCAAGAAGCAGAGGAGGUUGGUACUGGGGUCGAGGAAGAGGAGGAAGAGGGGGAUGAGGAGAAACGAGUGAAAUGUGAUGAAGCAGAGGAACAACCCCCCUGUGUUACCCCUGCCAAGAUUCCGCCCCCUGACUGCAGCGACCCCAUGCGCACCCCUCGACUCUCUGAUUUCGGCCUGUCGGAGCUCAGCAUCAUGAAGGCCUUGGGGAAACUGCCGAUAACCCUAGGAGAGGCCCCUGAGGCACCCCGGCUGACGAGUGCAGCAUUAGAGCCAGCUCUGCCCAAAACACCCAAAUGCGCCCUGCGGAUGGACGAGGAGGCCCUCACCCCGCGCCUGGAGGACUUUGGGAUCACAGAGCACACCAUGUGUCUCAACAACGACUUCACCAUGGACCUGAUCCGGAAGGACUCCGCUAGGUCUUCCAGGACGGCAGACAGUGGUGAUGAUCUGGAAAUGUUCCCGAGAGCCAAUCACAGCAAGAAUAAUCCAGCACCAACUUCUGCCACCAGCAGCCCGGAUACCAGUGGGCACCUGGCCUCCCCGGAGCCUGUGCUUGUGACCCCUGGGUUUAAGAUGAAGGCACCUGCGCCCUUUACAACCCCCCUGAACAAAGAUGGGGACUCUUGGGCCUCCCUCCAUCCAACAGGCCACCCCUCCACGCCAGAGAUUCCUGUGUUUGAGACCCCAUACGUCCAAAAACUCUUUGCUACGGUGAAGCCAAACCAGGGAGACCACAGCGUUGCGUCCGCUGUUCUGGAACAGAAGCCCCGCCCCCUGGAUCACUCCUCGUCCAAUAGGGGCCCGGUCCUUGGCGGUGGCUGGACGUUUGACGCUCCCAGCCUGCCAGUCAUACCCCCACAGCCCGACGAGCGCACGCCAGAGAUGCCCUGUCUGGAGACUUUUCUGGGAACAAAGUUCCCCUUUAGGACCACAGAGGCUCAUGGGAUACCUGAGAGGAAGGAACUGGGAGAGCAGCCGAGUCACCAGCUUCCUGUCCCAGAGACCCAUAACCCUUACUCACUGGCCACGCCCCCUUCCAGAACAGACUACGUCUACGAGCCCAGCACACCUGAGAUGCCUGAUAUCAGCUCUGUCACUCAGGACAUCUUCAGACUCCUGUCUCAGCGCAAUGCAAAACCCUCCACUGACGUUUGUUCAAAGCCAAAACCUGCAGCCCAACCCAGCCCCAAAGCAGCCGCGACAAUGCCACACGCUGUGGGAAAAGAAAACCGACCUCAAGGCGUGGCCCUGGUGUCAGAAAGCGAGUUCCUGAGCUUACCUGGAUUCCUGAGGCAGAUGUCCCUGGCCAGCCUCAACCAGGCCAUUCAGAAGAUCAACGAGGCCCUGGACGGCGACCACAGCCGGGAGGACACGGACUCGCCUGGGUUCCUGAUGGACGAUCUGAAGUGCAUCACCGGGGUGGGGAUUAAGACCCCCGUGUACUUCCUGUGCCUCACCGAGCUGAAGAGACUGGAGCACGUGCAAGGAGAGGGCCACGCGGCUUUGUACAGAGUCCUCACGCCCCACUGAAGAGCUGCGUGUGUUCAUUUCAACUGCAGACCCUCUCCUGUGUAUAAAUCGGGUGCACAGCAAGGAUUU